CGCGGCACAAAAGCCAUGUGCCACGAGGGUGGUUGUGGCGCCUGUAUCGUAACUGCGAAAAUCAAAGGCGAGAUCAUGGCUGUAAAUUCCUGCCUAGUGCCGAUAUUAAUUUGUGAUGGAUGGGAUAUUUACACAAUCGAAGGUUUAGGUAACAGACGGGAUGGUUAUCAUUCAAUUCAAAUUACGCUUGCUGAAAAAAAUGGCUCGCAAUGCGGAUAUUGUUCUCCCGGGAUGGUAAUGAAUUUAUAUAGUCUUGUGAAAAACAAAAAGUUAACUAUGCGACAGAUCGAAAAUUCGUUCGGUGGAAAUAUUUGUCGAUGCACUGGAUAUCGUCCGAUUUUGGAAGCUUUCAAGAAAUUUGCUAGUGAUGCACCUCCAUCAGUAACGAAGAACAUUUGCGAUAUCGAGGAACUGUACGAGAACAAAGCCUGUGUGAAAAAAGGAGAGACAUGUUCUGGCAGUUGUGUCGAUAGCCAACUUUUUAAUGAAAAUACCACGUUGAACAUAAAGUUAGGCGAUGGAGAAUUCUACAAAAUUUACUCGAUUCAUGAUUUAUUCGAAAUAUUUCGACGUAAACCACAUGCCACUUAUAUAUUAAAUGGAGGAAAUACGGCUCAUGGUAUUUAUCGCACAAGCAAAAAGGAUCUCUACAUCGAUAUAAACGACGUCCCGGAUCUGUGUCACAUCCAAAAAACCGAUGAGAACUUGACCCUAGGCGGAAAUGUAUCUCUUAGAGUGAUGAUGGAAACCUUUCAAAAGUACUCGUCUGAUGCCAAAUUUAAAUAUUUACGUCACUUGGCUGAGCACAUUGAUCUGGUCGCGCACGUGCCAGUGCGAAACAUCGGCACCAUCGCCGGCAACCUGAUGAUCAAGCACGAGCACAACGAAUUUCCGUCAGAUAUAUUUUUAAUAUUAGAGACCGUUGGUACUCAAAUAUAUAUCCUCGACGCACCCAACAGAAAGCAUAAUAUGUGGCUGUCGGAAUUUUUAAAAGCCGACAUGAAUCAUAAACUCAUUUAUAGUGUCGUGUUGCCGCCACUAUCCGAUGAAUAUGAAUACAGAUCCUACAAGAUUAUGCCUAGAGCUCAGAACGCUCGUGGUCACGUCAACGCAGGCUUCCUUUUCAAACUCGACGGCAGGGGCAGGGUGUUGGAGAGACCUAAUAUCAUCUUCGAUGGCAUCAACAAACAUUUCUUACACGCGAAGAACACGGAAAAUUGGUUUAUGGGUAAAUGUAUCCUUGACAACCAAGUGCUGAAGAUUGCUUUGGAAAUAUUGCACGAUGAACUGCAUCCUGACUUUGUACUGCCGGACUAUUCGCCCGAAUUUCGCAAGACUCUAGCAGAAGGAUUAUUCUAUAAAUUUGUAUUGAGCAUCAAACCGGAGGACAUGAAUCCUAGAUUUCGUAGCGGAGGUUCCUUAUUAAAACGAAGUCUAUCUUCGGGCACGCAGAACUAUGACACGGAUAAGACUGUGUGGCCGGUGAAUAAACCUAUAUCAAAGUUAGAGGCUAUCCAGCAGACAUCAGGAGAGGCCGAAUAUUGCAACGAUCUGCCCCCAUAUCCUCGAGAAGUGUUUUGCGCUUUUGUCCUCACGGAAAUCAGUAACGGCAAGAUUUCCAAUAUAGAUGUAAGCAAGGCCCUUGCUAUGAAGGGUGUGAUAGCGUUCUAUGGUGCCAAGGACAUACCCGGCAAGAAUCUAUGCAUCUCAGCUGCCCAUAAUUUCUGCACCUUAAUGGAGGACGAAUUGCUCUUUGCCGAAGGGGACGUUCUCUAUGCUGGUCAGCCGGUCGGUGUGAUCGUAGCGGAGACGCAUAAUUUGGCGAACGAAGCCGCGAAAUUGGUGAAAAUUAACUACAGCGAGUCAUUGAGUAGAAAGCCGGUGAUAAGCAUUGAGGAUGCAUUCGCAUCGGGAGAUAAUACCAGAUUCAGGAAUAGCGUCAACGUUCCGGCGAAAGAGAAGGGAGAAAAUGUUAAACGGGAAAUAAAAGGCGUCUUUGAAUGCGGCGGCCAAUAUCACUACACAAUGGAGACCCAAUCCUGCGUAUGCGUCCCCAAGGAGGAUGGUAUGGACGUCUAUUCAUCCACGCAAUGGAUGGAUCUCAAUCAAGUAGCGAUCGCGGAUGUGCUCAAUGUUAGAUAUAACAGUAUCAAUGUCUAUGUGAGACGAAUCGGUGGUGGAUAUGGAGGAAAAGCCAUACGCAAUGUGCAAGUCUCAUGUGCCUGUGCAUUAGUAUGUUACAAAUUGAAUCGCCCAGCACGAUUCGUUAUGACAAUCGAGAGUAAUAUGCAAUUUCAGGGCAAGAGAAAUCCUACACGCCAAAAAUACGAGGUCGGAGUGGAUGACAAUGGCGUUAUACAAUAUCUCAAUCUUAAACACUGGUCUAACAAUGGUUGUAAUUAUAAUAAUCCCUACGCUGCAGAAACAUUUAAGUUUCUGAGCAAGGGCUGUUAUGCAAUCGAUAGAUGGACAUUCAAUGGUUAUGAUGUGCGAACUGAUAUACCAUCAAAUACGGUAUGUCGGGGGCUAUCGUCUAUGGAAGCGGUGGGCAUGAUGGAACAUAUAAUGGAGCACAUUGCGAGAGUGACGAAAAAGGAUCCGAUACAGGUCAGAUUGGCGAAUAUGACAGAUGUGAAUAGGGCCGUGUUAGAAGUCAUGAUAAAAGAUUUGUCGAAAUCGGCUGAUUACGAGAUGCGGAAGCGAGCCGUUGAGAUAUUUAACAGCGAAAAUCGCUGGAAGAAAAAGGGAAUCGCCCUGGUGACAAUGACUUUUGCCAUGGAAUAUUAUGGACAAUUUAGCGCUUUGGUAUCAGUUUUUGCACGCGAUGGCACCGUUUGCGUAACGCACGGUGGGAUAGAAUGUGGCCAAGGUAUAAAUACAAAGAUUGCUCAAGUAGCUGCUUACACUUUGGGAAUUGAUGUAGAAUUAGUCAAUGUUAAAAUAUCCAACACUAUAGUAACGCCCAACAAUUUUGCUACCGCAUCCAGUUUCACUAGUGAGAGUUGUGCAUAUGCGACGAUUCAGGCAUGCAACAAAAUUUUGAAGAGACUCGAACCGAUAAGAAAAGAAAUGAAUAAUCCGAGUUGGAAGGAGCUUGUUUUCACGGCGUAUCAAAGAGAUAUUAAUUUGAUUGCACAGCAUACGUAUGGUACGAUGCAGGAUGAUACGCUCAAGAAUUACAAUAUUUACGGCGUCACCAUCGCCGAAGUGGAGAUCGAUGUUCUGACUGGACAGCACAUUAUCAGAAGGGUCGACUUGAUGGAAGAUGCAGGUAUAAGCUUGAAUCCGGAGAUUGAUGUCGGUCAGGUAGAGGGAGCUUUUGUAAUGGGAGUGGGAUGCUGGACAUCUGAGGAUUUAAUAUACGAUCCGAAAACAGGAGUAUUAACGAGUGAUAGAACAUGGAAUUAUAAACCGCCAGGAGCAAAGGAUAUCCCUGAGGACUUUCGUGUAUCUUUACGUAAGAACUCGGUUAACACAUUCGGUGUACUUCGUUCAAAAGCAACCGGUGAACCACCGCUUGAUAUGAGUUGCGUAAUUCCGAUUGCGAUUCGCAACGCAUUGAACUCCGCUAGAGCAGAGACGGGAAAUACGGACGAGUGGUAUCGAUUAGAUGGACCAUAUACCACCGAGCGUAUACUUCUCAAUAAUUUAACCUGCAAAGAAUUUAUGACACUUUGAGAGUAAAGAUAAAACUCGUUUAGAUAUACGUUAAAAUAAAAAACGUUAUUAUAAUCAUCUGAUAAAAAGUAUGAUAUGGAUAUGACGUUAAAAAAAUAUAAUGAUAAUGAUAAUUCUUAUUAUAA